UAUUUUAAAACAGCCACAGCCCACCUUUUACCUCUGCAGAUGCCGUGUGGAAUGUGGAGAAACAAACUCGGAGAGUUGGCUGUGGAGACCUUGUCCAAGUGCCUGGAAUCCGUGAGUGGAUGGAUGGGAAGGAAUAAGCUGAAGUUGAACCCUGAUAAGACCGAGGUACUACUUGUGGGGGACAAGAGAAGGUUGGGCGACAUUGACCUGAAGUUCAACAGGGUGAGUCUACCCCUAAAGGACCAGGUCCGCAGCCUUGGGGUUGUGCUUGAUUCCAGGCUGUCCAUGGAGGCUCAGAUUUCGGCAGUGAGCCGGGCAGCCUGGUACCAACUACACCUCAUACGAAGGCUGCAACCCUACCUUCCUGUUCACCAGCUCCCACUAGUGGUACACGCCCUGGUCACCUCUCGUUUGGACUACUGUAAUGCGCUGUACGUGGGGAUACCCUUGAAAACUGUCCGGAAAUUACAACUGAUACAAAAUGCGGCGGCUCGACUACUUACGAAUAGUCGCCGCCGAGAUCACAUCACACCAGUGUUGUUCGACCUACACUGGCUACCAGUUGUUUUCCGAGCCCAAUUCAAGGUGUUGGUAUUGACCUUUAAAUCCCUACACGGUUCCAGCCCAGUUUAUCUCACGGAGCGCCUUCAACGCCACCAAUUAUGCCGCCCGACAAGAUCGGCCACACAGGGCCGUCUCUCAAUCCCGCCAACAAAAACAGCCAGAUUGGCGGGUACAAGAGAGAGGGCAUUCUCAGUGGCGGCCCCCACUCUUUGGAACUCCCUCCCACAAGAUCUCCGGCACGCCUCUUCUUUAAAUGUGUUUCGGAAAGCCUUAAAGACCUGGCUCUUUCAGCAGGCCUUCGGGGUAUCUGGGGAGGGUUAAUUGUUAUAACUGAAAUGCCUCCUGCCCAGUUUUAAUAUUGUUGCUGCAGAUGUGUUGUUUUUAUAUUGUAUUACUGUAUUUUAUCAAUUGUAUUUUAACAAUUUUGUAAGUCGCCUAGAGUGGCCAUUGGCCAGAUAGGCGACGAAGAAAUUAAAUUUAUUAUUAUUAUUAUUAUUAUUAUUAUUAUUAUCAGGCCCAUCUAGUCCAGCAUCCUGUUCUCACAGUGACCAACCAGAGAUGCCUGUGGGAAGCUGGCAAAUCAAUGCUUUGAUUUGGAUUCCUGCAUUGAACAGGGGGCUGGACUUGAUGGCCUUAUGGGCCCCUUCUCACUCUGCUAUUCUGUGAUUCUAAGCAAGAAACAUAUCCAUCAUGACUAGUGGCCAUUGGUAGCCUUAUCCUCCAUGAAUUUGUCUGUUCCUCUUUUAAAGCCAUCCAAGUCGGUGGCUGUUGUGGGAAUGAAUUACAUAGUUCAGGUGUGCGCUGCGUGAAGAUGUACUUUCUUGUGUCUGUCCUGAAUCUUCUAACAGUCAGUUUCAUUGGUUGUCCACGAGUUCUAGUGUUAUGAGAGAGGGAUAAUUUUUUCUCUCUUGUCAAUUUUCUCCACACCAUGCAUGUUUUAUACUAUCAUGUCACCUCUGACUUGCCUUUUCUCUAAAAAUAUUAUUUCUUACAUCUGUAUCCCACUUUACCUCCAAGGAGCUGAAGGUGGCAUACGUGGAUCUGUCCCUCCUAAUUUUAUCCUCACAACAACCCUGUGAGGCCGAGAGGCAGUGACUAGUGCAAGGUCACCCAGAGAGCUUCAUAGUUAAGUGGGGAUUCAAACCCUGGUCUCCCAGGUCAUCGUCCAACACCCUAAUCAUUACCCUGCACUGGCUUCAAAUGCUCCAGCCCUUCCUCAUAGGGGAGUUGCUCCAUCUGCUGAAUCAUUCUGGUUGCCCUUUUCUGAACCUUAUAAUAAAUAAAUAAAUAAAUUAACCCUUUCCAACUCUACAAUAUCCCUUUUGAUGAAAGAUGACCAGAACUGUUCCCAGUAUUCCAAAUGCAGUCUCACCAUAGAUUUGUAUAAUGGUACUAUGAUAUGAGAAGACACGAUUCACUAGAAAAGACAGUAAUGCUGGGAAAAACAGAAGGGAGUAGAAAAAGAGGAAGGCCAAACAAGAGAUGGAUUAAUUCUGUAAAGGAAGCCACAGACCUGAACUUACAAGAUCUGAACAGGGUGGUUCAUAACAGAUGCUGUUGAGGUUGCUGAUUCAUAGGGUCACCAUAAGUCGAAAUCUACUUGAAGGCACAUAACACACACACUAUGAUAUUGGCAAUUUUAUUUUCAGUUCCUUUCCUGAUGAGCCCUAGCAAGGCCAGGGAUGAUGGAAGUUGUAGUCCAGACCACCUGGAGGGCACCAUGUUGGUUGCACCUGCCUGAAAGGAGCCACUUACCAAUUUGUGAUAUGAAGGGUAGUGACGUUAACUGGUAUACUGAAUGAGUCCUGCUUCACAAAAAAACUCUUUCCUUCUGAAAUAUUUUCCUUGAAAUGGUUUUGAUGUGCCACCUCGACCAGCAGAGGCGGUGACAUCUUGCCCUUCGUGCAUCUUUCCUUCCUGUUUCUUUCCUUCUGUCUCCUCAGGUUUUUAUUUAUUGAGACCUGGUUAUCCACUUGGGCAUCUGACUCAUUAACCUAUGGUCCAAACAUGUGAUUUAAGACAAUCCCAGUUUUCAGGUUUGGCUUUUAAUGUCAAC